UGGCCCAUUAUUUCCCGGUGCCUCCUGGUUUAGCUUCGGUGAUUUUGGCGUUUCACCACACGAUUGUGGACGGGUUCCGUCAAUACCCGUCAAAGCGAUUUCGAGGGAAGAAGAAGUUCAACGAUUGUCGAGCUUUCGACGGUACGAGUGACUUAGAAGCGCUUGGGUGCGGCGAAAGUUUAAGGCUUGUUUGUACCCCUCGUCUCUCUGUGGCGUUGUCUAGUCCAUUGAAGAUGUCGACCAAAGCCCUUGCAGCCAUUGCGAAGGUCAAGUCGGAGCAUAUUCUAAAGGAAUCAGAUGUAGAAGCAUCAUUCUCCAGCCACGACUCAGAUGAAGAAGGUGCUACAUAUGGGGUGAAGAGAUUUAAAAGGGACAUCGCAGAGGACGUGUUUGAAGAGAAUGGUAACAGAAAUGGCAUGGGCUCACCAGUAGUGGAACAUGAACUUAUGGAUACAGCACUGAAUGGAGGUCAUGGCAAUGAUUUACCUAGAGAUGCUGCUAUUUGUCAAAGUGAUGAAAACUUGGCUGCAAAAGGACUAUUACCAGGCUAUCAGACUUAUUCUACAGACCAAAAGCAAGAGGUUGUCAAUUACGCUAAGGAAACUACAGUACGUGAAGCCUCUCGCAAGUACAAUGUACCUCGCUCAACUGUCCAAGUCUGGUGCAAACAUGGUCCUCCUACAAAAAAGGAGAAACGUUCCCCUGGAGGGGGUGGACGUCGCUUAAGCUACUCUAAUGAAACUGAUGAGAAACUUUUGCAGUGGGUGCUCAGGCAGCAAGAGAAAGGGACGCCUGUCACCAGAGAUGCAAUCCAGGCCCAAGCCAGAUUGCUUGUUCGUGAUGAAUGUCCUGAAUUUAAAGCUUCCAGUGGAUGGGUAGAGAAGUUUCUUGCCCGGCAUAGUUUGACGAUUGCAACUAAAAUGUCGUCACAGAAUCCAAGUGAGGCCAUCCCAAUUUCAUAUGUGGUCCCAGUUGCAUCCAUUCCAAUCGGAAGCUCAGGGGUAUUAAACCACAAUGCAAACAGUCCUCGAGCAGCUGAUGGACGCAGUGUGACAAGUGAAGACACUCGUAGUGACAGUGGAAAAAGCGAGGAGGAUGGUGAGCUUUAUGAUGCUACCUCACCUGCUCAACUGGAGAACACAGUCCCUGCUGUUAUUAGGGUGAGAAAGCUUUGCACUAAAUACAUUGUUGCUUUUACUGUCCUCUUUGUUGAAGAGUAAUGGUUUGAAUAGAAGCAAGCAAGUUUAAGUACUUUAAAUAUGGUAGUGGGUACAAAGAUUAUUUAAUUCUUUUUUGCCUGGCCUGGCUCAUGAAAGAGCCCUACUCAGUCAACCACUUGUCCAAUAUGGCCAAGAGGUGAGCUAUCAUGAUUAAGUCAGUCUUUUUUUUUUUUCUGCGGUGGGAUAUACACAAU